CUAGAGUUCAGACUUUCACCACUCAGCAACACCAUGUCUUCUUCCAUUGCCACCACCUCAAUGGAAGCCCUGCUUCUUCUGUUGAUCAUCACAAACCUUCCCUCCCUGACCAUGACCCAACCCAACUUGCCAGUGACACCCACCUUUGUUCAAUGUGGGCCACGUAUCCUUCCGCUAGCCGUGUGUGCACCAUUCGUCCAAGGUAGAUCCACUGACCCGUCUCAGUCAUGUUGUGAUAACUUGAGGCAUGUGAACGACCAGCAGCCCCGGUGUUUGUGCCUCUUGCUCAAUAACUCAGCUUUGAGCUCUGCUUUCCCCAUCAACACGACACUUGCUAUGCAACUUCCGCUUAUAUGUAGUGUCCAAUUUGACAUUGUCUCGUGUACAGGGGCACCUUUGCCAUCCAUAUCGCCUACGCCACAAGUUUCUUUAGGAUCAACUACCAAUUCUACUAUUGUUUCUUUUGAAUGGUUAUGGCAGCUUCCCCUAUGGCGAGUGCAAUUCCAAAAUCCGGGUUUAUGGGAUUAGGAUUUUACCAUAACUACGCCAUGAAGUUUAAGGGAUCGCCGCGAUUGAAGAUGUUGGGCAUAGUGAUUUGCAUGUCGACUAGCAUGUUGUAUUGAACACUUUGUAGCUUUAAUAUGUUAGUUAUAUCGAUCGUUUAUAAGUACUUCUAUUAUUAAGUUGUUCGUCAUAUGAAAACUGAUAACCUUUGGACUUUAAUAACAUUUAUCGAUUCCACUAAUCCCUUUCA